CAACAGCUUCGAUCGGUACUUCCCCAGUGCCACCCCUAGACCAUUUCUAAGCAGACUCAGCUUAGAACUCGCGAUUUCCUGCGUUCAUAUUUCGACUCUAUUCAUACAAUCGUCUAUUCAUCUGUCAUUGUUCGUUCAGCAACAUGUCGCGCCAUCACCCCGAUCUCGUUAUGUGCCGCAAGCAACCUGGCAUCUCUAUCGGCCGUCUGUGUGACAAAUGUGAUGGAAAGUGCCCCGUGUGCGACUCCUACGUGCGCCCUACCACCCUGGUCCGUAUUUGUGACGAGUGUUCAUUCGGUAACUACCAGAAUAAAUGCAUCGUUUGCGGUGGCGAGGGCAUCAGUGAUGCAUUCUACUGCUUUGAAUGCACGCGACUAGAGAAGGACAGAGACGGCUGUCCGAAGAUUAUAAAUUUGGGAAGUUCAAGGACAGAUUUAUUCUAUCAAAAAAAGAGUUUUCGAAAUCAUUGAUGUGGUGGAUUUCGGCCUUGAUUUUGUCGCGGGGAAUAUGCGACUGGGCCUACGCGUGUACGACGAGCCGGCGUGCCUUUUAUCCUACAUCGCUGGCUUUCUCGACAGCGGGUUACUGUUAAUGUGGCUGCUGAGAAUAUCAAUGGAACUCGACUGCAGGAGAUAAGUGUAUGGCUGCUUCUACGUUGGGCCCACUCGGCUCUCCGUAGCAAGCGUUGUCGGAGUGGGAUGUGGCUACAAAACUUGAUUUACCUCCCUGGCCGCCUGGGCUUCGCGAAUCCUCGUCUGAUACCGUCGUUUUGGGGCGGGUUCACCUCUUCGUGGAGCCGCUCGCCUGUAACCUCGUCCGGUGCGCCGGCCUCAAUCU